CUCUAGUUGAAAGCGGCCAUUGUUGUAAACAAUAUUUUUGAUCGGUGUCAGUUGUCAAGAAAAGCCGAAACUGAAAUUGGAACUCCAAUAUUUGUAUAGAUAUCUAAAAAUUACUUGAUAAUCACAGCAACAAAAUGACGAUCGGAAAAAACAAUAAGAUGCAACAACAUAUAAACUACAGAGUCAGAGUAAUUUUACAAGACUCUCGUACAUUUAUUGGAACGUUUAAAGCCUUCGAUAAACAUAUGAAUUUGAUAUUAGGAGACUGCGAAGAAUUCAGGAAAAUUAAGUCUAAAAGCAGUAAAACUGCAGACAGAGAAGAGAAAAGGACUUUAGGAUUUGUUUUACUUCGCGGGGAAAAUAUUGUGUCAUUAACUAUAGAAGGUCCGCCUCCUCCCGAAGAGGGCCUACCUCGCGUGCCACUGCCCGGAGCAAUGGGCGGUCCUGGCGGUGGUAGGGCAGCUGGUCGCGGCGCUGGACCGUCAGGAGCGCCACCAGGCCUUCAAGGACCUGCUCGGGGUGUUGGGGGUCCUUCACAACAACAUAUGGCCCCAGGAUCACGAGGACAACUCUCUGCGCCACCACAAAUGCGUGGCGGCCCCAUGAUGGGAGGCCCACCACCAGGAAUGAUGGGAGCGCCUCCUGGUAUGGGUCGUGGUGGACCAGGAAGUCGGGGACCCCCUGGGAUGCGACGCUAUUAGUGUACUUAGAAGUAAAUUUAGGAAAUAAGUGUAAAAUAAUUCAUUGCAAGCAGUGUUUACAAUGCAUAUUAUUCAAAAGAAUAACAUCAGUGUUGGAGUAAACACAAAUGCAAUCAAGUAACAAAAAAUGCAUUGUACAAGCAUUGUAACUUAGAAGGUAAUUAAUUGCCAAAUAUGUGUAUUUUUUCCAAUAAUUUAAGGAAACAUGGAAAAAAAUUCAAGUGAUUACAUUAAAGAAGUGAUUACAAUU